AGAUGAAAUACGAACUUGAGAAGGACUACGAGUGCUAGCGGCACCGAAAUAGUUAACGUUAGUUCGCUAGCUAGCAACAGUAGCUCUGACGAAUCAUUCGCGAAGUAACAAGUGUUACCAUUCAUAACUUUGUUUUUAAGAGUAGCGAUAGUGAACGUUUCGAAAGUUAGCUGAACAUUUCUUGUCAAGUAAAUGUUGCUCAUAUUAAGACAUAGAAACAGUAUACUUAGCAAAAGUUAUCUAAACAUAUUUUAAUUAACAUUUAGCUUAAUUCACACAGAGAUAACGGUUGACAUGUUGUAAGGCGAACAGCCCACCCGCAUACACCAGGAUGACAGAACCGAGCAUUGAGAAGACCCAUCACCUGAAAACUUCAGAUACCCCAUCAGGUGGGAGAGAAAGAGUUGUGGAGCAUCCCCAAACCAAUGAGAGACGUGGACUGGAGACUGACGGUAGGGGGCGAUAUGGAGAUAAACAGCAGCAAGCAGAGAGCGAAGGCGGGGUUAUCCCUUCAGACAAGUUGUGGCAAAUGCAAGGCGGACAGAGGGAGGUGUGCCCUAGAUUCGUUGCCGGAAAUGCACUUCCUAAGUGCCCAGCAGCAACACAGCCUUGCCAGGAACCAGGAGCAGAUGCAGCCGGGGAAGGUGGCCUCGUAGCCCACGGAAAUAGUGGAGAUGGACCGCACGAGGAGACCCUGAGUCAAGUGCAAGGCGAGUGUGGGAAAAGAAGCGACUCUGGCUCUCCGGGCGCCGGGGCAGCUGUAGAUGCGCGCCAGGGCAAGAAGAAACACAGGCGUCGACCAUCCAAAAAGAAGCGUCAAUGGAAGCCCUAUUUUAAACUGUCUUGGGAAGAAAAGAAAAAGCUUGACGAGCGAGAGACAGAACGAGCGUCCCGAGUGAGAGCAGAGAUGUUCGCGAAGGGGUUGCCCGUUGCCCCCUACAAUACAACGCAGUUCCUUAUGGAUGAACACGACCGAGAGGAACCGGAUCUGAAUACCGAAAGUGGGCCCCGACGUCAGUUGGGGACUGGUGCUCGCCCAGAGGACACCGCAAGCGAGGACGACCUAUUCGAUGUCGAGGAGGAGGAGGACUAUGGCAGCGGUGGUGGCAGCGACGGCAUCGGGAGGCCUGGAAACGCAGGUGGGGAGUUUCUUCAGAGAGACUUUUCUGAGACCUACGAGAAAUACCACAUCGAAAGUCUUCAAAACAUGUCCAAGCAAGAGCUGGUUCAAGAAUACCUGGAGCUGGAAAAGUGCAUGUCCCGUCUGGAGGAAGAGAACACCCGGUUGCGACGCGCAGCCAACCCGGACAUCACAAAUGAUAGCCAGGUGCCCCAGUCGGAUUCGGCGCGGAUCAGAGAAUUGGAGGGUGAAUUGGAGAGACUGAGGGCGCAGAACAGUGAGCAACGUCCGCAUAACCAGCAGAGCAAGGAGCGGGAGAUUGUCACAUUAGGUGACUAGAAAUGGAUAGAACCAGGUAAAAUGUGGAGACUGAACGGGACUUUAAAAAAUUGUCUGCAGUUUUAUGAAAUCGGUUUGUUAACUCGAAGGUUCGGUGACAGUCCGUAAAAUUGCAUUGCAAUACUUUAUCUUUGUUUUCUAUUUGGACUGUAAAGGCGCCUGUUUAAACUUUUUCAAUAAGUAAUGUAUAUAUAAAAAAUAAUUUCUUUUUUAUAAAGAGAAUGUAUUUGGAAAUACGUUGUUUUUUGUUUCCCUGGUAUGCAUGCAUUAAAGUACUCUAUCCCACAAUUUGUUAAAUGAGCAGGACAUGUUUGUCCAAAUGUAACAUUUGUCAAACAAAGCUUCUUUUGAGAAUUUCAAAUAACUUUGCCACAAUUAAAUGUGUAAAUUAACAUGUACACAAACAUAAUUUAGUUUUUUUCAUAGGGGGUAAAUAAAUAUUGUUGCCUGAUAUCAACAAAGUAUUUGGCUAUUAUCUGCAAGCCAUUUUACAGCUAUCGACAUAGAUAAUUUUCUUUCCACUAUUUAGGCAGAUGUAAAGUGAUGGAAUAUGCUCAAUAGCCUAGUUUUUCAGAUUCAUUCAGAUGUGUCCUUACCAUCCUACUCUAUUCUUAGAUGAGCCACUGCCAAAUCAGGUAAGUUUUGACUGCUUCACUCAUGACUGAAGGCCACUAUAGAGAUCAUAUGCAGGUUGCAUAAUGCAACCCUUGAUUUAAAAAAAAAAUGCUUAGAAUCUACAGUAGGCUGUACAUAGCCAUACGCAGGGUUGGGGAGUAACUGAUUACAAAAAACUAACUGCAAUCAGAUUAGAGAUACUUUUGAAAAAGUAGACAUCUACUUGUUUUAGUUUUAAAUAAAGGAUGUUUGAAAAAAUAUA